AGAAAUUAAAGUGUUAAAUUUAAUGAUGAAAAUUCAUAGUAAAUAUUGUUUUUCUGCUCUUCUUACGAUACGACAGAAAAUUUUCAAAAGAUGGUAUGUAGCAAAAUGGACAGUACAUGCAAUAUAUAACGAAAUACCCAAUGAUAUAUACACACACACCAAUGAAAACAGAGAAAGCACCUGUAGUUUAUGACUGUGCACCUGACCUGGAAGAUAAAGGAGCAUGUGCCGUGGAUCCCUGUGAAGCGGACAAAUGCUUCCCGGAACCACGCGUCGUUAUUAUAGGUGCAGGCAUGGCAGGGCUGUCUGCAGCGGCGAGAUUAUCUCAGCGUGGGAUAAAUAAUAUUGUAGUUUUGGAAGCAUAUGAAAGACCAGGAGGUAGAAUUCAUUCGUGUUGGCUUGGUGAUAUUGUUGCUGAACUUGGUUCCCAUUGGAAGCCAGAUAAUUGUUUUACCCAUCCAGUAUAUAUGAUGUCUGCUACAGAAAGCCCACCACAACCAGGCAUUCCGGGCUCGGAGCAUACUAGAGGGCUUUUUAAUAGAAUAGUUACGGGAAAAAUGCCAUUUCCUCCAACAAUUACAGCCUAUCAUAAAUUUCGUCAAAUAGAGGAAGAAGCAGCCCAAAUAUACUGUCUAGGUGGGAACAAGCAACAAGGAUCUUUAAUACAUUUUAUGAGUAUGAGAAUCCAACAAGAGUUGCACGAAUAUCCUGAAGAGCAGCAGCAUGACGCAGCGAGGAUAAUGUUCGGGCUUACACAUAUGAUCAGUGCGCGAUAUGGAGAUGAUACAUCGAUGUUAUGUGCCGACCAUUUUGGAUGCUUCAUGAAUAUGCCAGGGGGAGAGGUUAGAGUACCUUUAGGUUUAGUUGGUAUACUUGCUCCUCUGUUGCGUCAGAUACCCGAAGGUGCUAUACGUUAUUGUAAACCAGUAAAUUGUAUUUACUGGGGAACAUCACAAAAAUCUGGCUACCGAGCUACGGUUUGCACUACUGAUGGUGAAGAGUUUCCCGCCGACUACGUAAUUAUUACGGUUUCACUAGGUGUAUUAGUUGCAAAUUCUGUCAAAAUGUUUUGUCCAGCGCUACCUGCCUCUAAAAUAGAUGCUAUGCGUUGUUUAGGAUUCGGAUUUUGUAAUAAAAUUUACCUCGAAUACUGUCGUCCUUUUUGGUUUUGGCAUAAGGGAAAUUUGAGCUUCAAAUAUUGUCACGAAUUAUUCGGUCGAUGCGAUUGGACAAGGGGUAUUAAAGCAAUUGAAGAAGUUCCAAAUAGUAAACAUGUAAUGUGUACGUGGGUAGUUGGCCAAGAAGCAAUGAUGAUGGAGGGCCUUUGCGAUAAAGAUGUAGCUGAAGGCAUAACAGAUGUAUUACGAUUUUCUACUGGAAAUCCAUACAUACCCUAUCCUGUCACGAUAUUAAGGUCACAUUGGACUUCCGAUCCUUUCUUUCGUGGCGCUUACUCUUAUGAUAGUUACUGCGCUGAUGGGACAGCGCAGAGGGCUUUAGCCUGUCCACUCCCCGGGCCUAGUGAUCCUAUUCCACCCAUUCUUUUAUUUGCGGGAGAGGCAACAAUUCCUGGUCACCUUGCAACCGUAUCUGGAGCACGAUUAAGUGGAAUACGGGAGGCUGAGAGAAUUGUUCAAUUAACUGUACAAUUCAAAGGACCACCUUUACCGUUGGCAAAAUUAUCAGUACCCAAGAAUCUCAAAAACUGUGAAGCAGAAAAUUAGCAUAAAUGUUUAUGUACCUAAUAUAAAUAUUUUUACGGCAGACCUUGUGUUAGUCGUUGUAUAUAUUUUGUUUAACUGUAAUAUACAUCCAUAAUUGUGAAAAUUAUUUCAUUUGUAGUAUGAUCCAAAAGAGACAAGUUUUAAUUUACCCCUAUAUACCUAUGUCCUGGUUAAUCAACCAAGAACUUAUAUUUUAUUGUUAGAUUUGAUCCUAUUGAAUGCAAGUUCCUAGAAAAGUUUCUAAAUUUUAUUGCUGUAAGUACAGUUCCAAGAUUAUG